AUGCCGCUCUUCAAUCCUCUGCUCGUGUUGUUCAGGAAUUUGCUGUGGUUUUUGUUCCGAAAUCCAUCGUUGCACACUCCACAAACUAAAAUAAUUCUGUUGUUUAAUACGGACACUAUUCGAAGUAUUAUUGGACCUAAAAAUGCACAAGAAUUAACUACGGUGAGCAUUCCUGAAUCGUCAUCCCAAUAUUCAACCAACAAUCGGAAAAUAUCCGUUCGAUUCAAUUCAAUGACCAAUGAUCAUCAACAUGUAGUGGGACAAAUAGAUCAAAAUUUAUUAUCUUUUAUGAGUAAUACAUUACUUUCACAUCCAAUUCAAAGUCUUGUAAUUUUGAGAAGAGAAAAACCAGAUUUAAAGAAGAGAAUUGAAAAAAUUUCAAAAACUCCAAUCAAAACUCUUGACGACCAAGAUCCAACGAUAUUUAGAUAUGGAAAAUCGCGAGCAGAAAGGGAAUUUCUUGAAGAAAGAUUUUAG